AGUGGCCACAAAGAGGAUAGCUAAACAAGUCAUAGGAGGGACAGAGGUGUAUGUAGUGUGCACUGACCCAGCCGGUGACCUUGGAUCCAGAGAUUCUGCAGGUACAAACACAGCCUCCAUUUCCUCAUGAUCUCAUCAAGCUCAACACUCUUCAACUCUCUCUCUCUCCUGCCUAUUUAGGCCUCCCUUUCUUGUUCUUACUGCUACCUUAGGCUUCCCUCUACUUCUCUCUUUUCCUAAAUGCAUAUAAAAUCUGCACCAUCAGACAUGGUCUUUCUCUUUCUCUCUCUCUUCUUCUUGCUCUGCUUAUACUAAACCUCGCUAGCUAGCACUAUGCUAAUUGUCUAUUAGCCUUGCGACAUAAGCAAGACCAAGAUUUGGGAGCAAUUAGCAGUAAUACAUUACAAUUCUACAGAUUAUUAGCUGGCCUGGUAUUGUGUUCUUGGAUAUAUACUUGCAAUUCAGUGCAAGUAUUGUGUUCUGUUGUUAGUGUUUGUGUAUGGGUCUUGGUGUUAUGAUGAGUAGAAUAAGCAAAUGGCGGGCGGCGUGCGCGCUGUUGAUGCUGUGCGCGGGCUGCGCCGCCGCCGUGGACGAGCAGGGCGCGGCGCUGCUGGCGUGGAAGGCGACGCUGCGCGGCGCGGACGCACUGGCAGACUGGAAGCCGAGCGACGCGUCGCCGUGCCGGUGGACUGGCGUGGCGUGCGACGCCGACGGCGGCGUCACGGAGCUGAGCCUGCAGUUCGUCGACCUGUUCGGCGGCGUGCCCGCCAACCUGACUGCCGUGGGCGCCACGCUAGCGCGGCUCGUCCUCAUCGGCGCGAACCUGACGGGGCCGAUCCCGCCGGGGCUCGGCGAGCUGCCGGCGCUGGCGCACCUCGACCUCAGCAACAAUGCGCUCACGGGGCCCAUACCGGCGGGGCUGUGCCGGCCGGGGAGCAAGCUCGAGACACUAUAUCUCAACUCCAACCGCCUCGAGGGCGCCAUCCCGGACGCCAUCGGCAACCUCAUGUCGCUCCGGGAGCUCAUCGUCUACGACAACCAGCUCGCCGGCAAGAUACCGGCGGCCAUCGGCCGGAUGGCCAGCCUCGAGGUGUUCCGCGGCGGCGGCAACAAGAACCUCCACGGCGCGCUCCCCACGGAGAUCGGCAACUGCUCCCAGCUCACCAUGAUCGGCCUUGCAGAGACCAGCAUCACCGGGCCGCUGCCGGCGAGCCUUGGCCGGCUCAAGAACCUCAUCACGCUGGCCAUCUACACGACGCUGCUCUCCGGCCCGAUACCGCCGGAGCUCGGCCAGUGCAGCAGCCUGGAGAACAUCUACCUCUACGAGAACGCGCUCUCGGGGUCCAUCCCGGCGCAGCUCGGCGGGGUCAAGAAGCUCACGAACCUGCUGCUGUGGCAGAACCAGCUCGUCGGCAUCAUCCCGCCGGAGCUCGGGUCAUGCGCCCAGCUCACCGUGGUGGACCUAUCGCUCAACGGGCUCACCGGCCACAUCCCAGCGUCGUUCGGCAAACUGUCGUCGCUGCAGCAGCUGCAGCUCAGCGUGAACAAGCUCUCUGGCACGGUGCCGCCGGAGCUCGCCAGGUGCAGCAACCUCACGGACCUCGAACUCGACAACAACCAGCUCACGGGCAGCAUCCCCGCGGUGCUAGGUGGCCUGCCGUCUCUGCGCAUGCUUUACCUGUGGGCCAACCAGCUGACUGGCACCAUCCCGCCGGAGCUCGGACAGUGCACGAGCCUCGAGGCGCUCGACCUAUCAAACAAUGAGCUGACGGGCCCCAUCCCACGGACGCUCUUCCGGCUGGCGCGGCUGUCCAAGCUGCUGCUUAUCAACAACAACCUGUCAGGCGAGUUGCCCCCGGAGAUCGGUAACUGUACGUCCCUCGUCCGGUUCCGGGCGAGCGGCAACCACAUCGCCGGUGCGAUACCGUCCGAGAUCGGCAAGCUCAGUAACCUCAGCUUCCUUGAUCUCGGCUCAAACCGGCUGUCCCGCGCUCUACCGGCAGAGAUAUCCGGGUGCCGGAAUCUCACGUUCUUUGACCUCCACGGCAACGCCAUCGCCGGUGAGCUUCCGCCGGGGCUGUUCCAAGACUUGCUCUCGCUCCAGUACCUCGACCUCUCCUACAAUGUCAUCGGUGGCACGCUCCCGUCAGACAUCGGCAUGCUCACCUCGCUCACGAAGCUCAUUCUCAGUGGCAACCGGCUGUCCGGGCCGUUACCACCGGAGAUCGGGUCGUGCUCCUGGCUCCAGCUCCUCGACGUCGGCGGCAACUCACUUUACGGCGAGAUUCCGGGGAGCAUAGGCAAGAUUCCGGGGUUGGAGAUUGCUCUCAACCUCAGUUGCAACAGCUUCUCCGGCACGAUCCCGUCGGAAUUCGCCGGGCUUGUGAGGCUCGGGGUGCUCGACGUGUCGCACAACCAGCUCUCCGGCGAUCUGCAGCCGCUAUCCGCGCUCCAGAACCUCGUAGCGCUCAACAUUUCCUUCAACGGCUUCUCCGGCCGGCUUCCGGAAACGGCGUUCUUCGCCAAGCUGCCCACGAGCGACGUCGAGGGCAACCCGGCGCUGUGUCUCUCCCGGUGCGCCGGCGACGCAGGUGACCGUGAGCGCGGGGCGCGCCACGUCGCGUGGGUUGCGGUGGCUGUGCUGCUCUCCAUCCUUGUCGUCCUUCUCGUGGCCGCGGCGCUCAUCCUCUUCGGGCGGCACCGACGCGGUACGCGCGCCGGCGAGGACAAGGACGCCGAGAUGUCGCCGCCGUGGAAAGUCACGCUGUACCAGAAGCUGGAGAUCGGCGUAGCUGACGUGGCUCGCAGCCUCACGCCGGCGAACGUCAUCGGCCACGGGUGGUCCGGCGCGGUGUACCGCGCGAACCUUCCGUCGAGCGGCGUCAGCAUCGCCGUCAAGAAGUUCGGGUCAUGCGACGAGGCGUCCGUCGAGGCGUUCGCCUGCGAGGUCAGAGUGCUCCCCCGGGUGCGCCACCGCAACAUCGUCCGGCUGCUCGGAUGGGCGGCCAACCGCCGCACGCGCCUCCUGUUCUACGAUUACCUCCCGAACGGCACCCUUGGCGGCUUGCUUCACGGGGGAGCGAGCGUCACCGCCGUGGUCGAGUGGGAGGUGCGGCUCGCGAUCGCCGUCGCCGUCGCCGAGGGCCUCGCGUACCUCCACCACGACUGCGUGCCCGGAAUCAUCCACCGCGACGUCAAGCCCGAAAACAUCCUCCUCGGUGAGCGCUACGAGGCGUGCCUCGCCGACUUCGGCCUAGCCAGGUUCGCCGACGAGGGCGCCAACUCGUCGCCUCCGCCGUUCGCCGGAUCAUACGGCUACAUCGCUCCGGAGUACGGAUGCAUGACUAAGAUCACCACCAAGAGUGAUGUGUACAGCUUUGGAGUGGUAUUGCUAGAAAUGAUCACCGGAAGACGCCCAUUGGACUCUUCAUUUGGCGAGGGGCAAAGCGUGGUGCAAUGGGUGCGCGACCACCUCUGCCGGAAGCGUGAACCCAUGGAGAUCAUCGACCCAACAUUGCAAGGCCGACCAGAUAUGCAACUCCAAGAGAUGUUGCAAGCUCUAGGGAUCGCGCUAUUAUGCGCUAGUCCACGUCCUGAGGACCGGCCGACGAUGAAGGAUGUGGCGGCAUUGCUAUGUGGUAUCCAACAUGACGACGCCAUUGAGGUACGAAAAGCUGGAAUGGGGGCGGGGGACGAAGUGGAGGCGAGGAAAUGGGCUGGCCCAAAGCAGCCCGUUUCGCCGACUAAAUUGAUGACCCUUGUCGAACCAGUCCAGACCCUAGCUCAAACCAAAGCCCGAGCAAAUUCAGGUUCACAAAGCCUACUCCACAACCGGCAGUGAUGGCGAACGGACUUUAGCCCGGAUGGCAAGGGAAUCACUCGUAACAGGAAAGACCCGGGUUCGAGUCUGUGGGUGGGGGCGUGUGUGGCAGCACCCCCACCUGCCCACGUUUUCAAGACUUGUGGGUGCGCACUAGUAAUUUAAGUGUUUAGAUGGUUAAAAUGUGCGUUUGUAUUAAAAAACUCACUGGCAGUGAUGAUAGGGGAUCCAUAUAGAUAUAGGGGUCACAAGUCAUGAAAAGCUAAUAAUGGUUUGUACCAUAAAAUGGGGUAUAAUGCAAUGGAGGUUAGUGUAAAUUAUCCAACUGAAAUAAUUUGCACAUGACCCCUGUGUUCCUAUU